AUGCCGCCAACGCGGGCGAGAACCGCUGUUGCGGGAGACGCCAGUGCAGAGAGUAUCCGUGCUUCUAUCGCCAGUGGAAACUCGACUGAGCGGUCUAAAGCUCUGCAAGACCAGACACAGCUGACCAGGAGCAGGCUGUCCCUGGACGCGAAGGCGUAUCAUAACCUAAUAGAAGCCCUGUUCCAGUGUUCUGUCACAGAAAAAAAGACCUAUCUGAGUGGCAAGAGAACUACUAAGACUACCGCUGAGGCAAGGCUUGCGGCAAGUGCAGAAGCAUUACGGCUAGCCGUAAACUAUGGUGCUUCCAGGUUGAAACGCAAGGUGGCGAGGGCGAUCGUGGACCACAUUACGGAAACACUCCCUGGACGAGAUCUAGAAUAUGUCGAGCCUCUUCUUCAAGACUACACCAAGGCUCUAGUAGCGCUACUUAGCCACCCCUCCAAUGUCGAGCAGCUUGGUGCUUUUGAUGGCGAAGGCUGGCUGGUCUGCGCCGAUUUUUUUGCCGAGGCUGUAGACCGUUUUGCAGAAGUUCCGGAUCGCGACACGUUGGCCUUCGGUACAUUUUCUCGAGCGUCUCCGGCACCAGGCACUUUACCAAACUCCAACUUCUCAGGAAGGUCGGGGUCUAUACCCAAACAGCGAACUUCCUCUCAGACAUCAAGCAAGAUUUUGGAGACGCUCAUGCAAGGACUUCUUUACCUGGUUUCAGCUCCGAAUGCACCUCUUAAGUUGAGGGCAUCUCAACUGUCACAGGCUGCUAUUCGAGUGUUGCAACUGCAAUACCUGGGCAUCGGCCAUCUGCAGCAAGCAGCUUUUGCAACCAUCAGGUGCAUCGUCCAAAGCGUGAGAGGAGAUGACAUCUGCUUGGUAGAAGGCAUUGCGCGAGAAGUCGUGCCACUGAUUGGCCAUUGGUGGCAUCCUCGCUCAUCAGCUAGCCAGAGCGAGUCUGUCAACUCCAUGCGAGAGGAGAUACUUCGAACGCUGUUUGCGCUUCAGCUCCAUAUAAGCGCUCUUGCCCUGCAUUCCCCACAUUGUGGGAUUUUGGAGAAUAUUAAGGAUGUCCUCGACUCGUUGUGGAUGGAGUAUUCGAAAAGAGAUGACCGGACGAGAUUGCAAGCAUCGGACAUUUCGUUUUCAUUCAUCCCUACCAGCUACUUCAGUGCGCGCAUCUUCGGUCUCUCUACGCAUGAUGCGAUGUCUGAGCGUCGAUGGGCGGCUAUAGAGGUCAUGGCCCACCUCGAGUCAAUAUACAUGUCCAAUGCAAAAAAACUCGACAGUCCCGAUGAAGCAGACAGAGAUGAGCACCCGCGCAAGAGGAGACGUGUCGGCGAACGGCCAGACAGAAUAAGAGACAACCUGAGCUCUUCUGAUUUAGGACUAAAGCUGACGGCACUUCAGAUAAUACCCUUCUUUCUGCAGGCAGCGAGCCCCAUCCCGGUCGAUGCUACAUCCGAUCUUCUCUCUCAUCUCAGCCAAUCCAUUAGUGACAAGCAGGUUCUGAUAAGUGCAAAAGACAGCUCUCUCUCUGAGACAUGGAUGCAGAUCUGGCAGAUUGCCGCUCGGUCCGUUAGCCUACCUGGCACGAGCCGUGCUGCCUGUGCGCUGCUUCAUACCAUCCUGGAAGCAGAGCUGAUUCCGCACCAUGUGAUUGGAGACGAUAUAAACAGCCUCGUUACCGUGGCCGAAGUCAGUGGCCCGGCGGUUCUUUGCGACUCGUCUCUCAUAUUGAUGCUCCACUUGCUUCAUCUUCGAAACACUAUUUUACCAAGUGCCAGCGAAGUCACUUCAAAUCAAAUCAUCCGCUGGGCAUUUUCAAGAUGGAAACCAGGUGACUCGAACUUUGCUUCUUCGUACUCGGCCCAUGCACCAUCGUUUGAUUUAGUGAAUCUUUUCAUGGCAUGCUUAGGUGCUCAGAGCUUAGGAUUUCCAUGUCCUGUGGAGCCUUAUGGAGGGUCUAUAAGCCAAUCUUGGAAAGAUCAGGCCGAGGCGGACGAGAUGAUGCGGUAUCUUCUGUUGCUGCCAGACAUAGAGUCUUUGCAGGACUCUGCGAGCUCCAACUCUGCCAAAAAGACCGUUCUGGAGCUUCUCCAGCCGGUGACUGAUGAGAUCAUGUCGAUGACGGACACCUGGACACGACGGGGGAGCGAUAAUGCAGCUCAGAUUUCGAUUCCACGAAUGCAGAGUCUGGCGGCGUUCUGCAUAAUAUGCAGCAUUCUCACGCCACAGCUCGAUCCUGUCAAUUCGAGUCUUGCGAGGGAUCUGGAGCCGACUUUGCUGAAGCUUAUUGACGUCAUUUUAAAAACACUUCAUGAAGUGGGCCAGAGCAAAGCACUCUUUGAGGUAUGGCUUUUUGAAGUCGCUUUUUAUCUGCCCAGUAUAACGGUGUCAGAAAGUGAGCGGUUUGGAAAGGAGCAUCCAGUCUUGCUGAAACUUUUCGCCAAAUUGUCCCAAGCUCUUCGCGUGGAGAGCACCAAGCAGAGUUCUGUUCCCGAUGGAGAUUUGAUGGAGCUGGACGACGAGUUUGACACAGCAGUCAGCCAAGGAGACGUCACUUCGAAAACAACGAUCAUACCGAGACAAACAUUGUGUCUCGACAUAAUCCCGGCGUCCUUCUAUCUCAAUGUGACCCAAAGACUUGAGCUACUAUGGCACUGUCACAAAGAUGGGAACGACACGGGCGUGCUGCCAGAAGCCUUUGUAGACCAGUUUCUGGAGCUGUCCAACGAGGACCUGCUGCUAUGCCACAGCUUUGCAAAGGAGCUGUUUCGAUCGGACUUGGUUGUGACUCCAGAAGAUUCGCUCAGGGUUGUCGAAGUCGUCGGAGACGUGAUUGGGCUAGGAGAGUACUCAUGCUGCGAGGCGGCACUCAGUAUGUGCAUCGACAUGAUGCAGAGCUUCAUUUGCACAUGGCCGGAUGAGAAGCUGGAGGUGUCGGCCAGAAUUGGAGAUCUCUAUUCGUAUCUGGUGCAGCAGUCACUGCCGAAAAACUCGCUGUCGGCCAACGCGCAGAUCAAUCUGUCCGGACUCUUGUACCGGUUGCUGGAAAUCAACUCGUCUUAUGGAGGGGACCUUGGUUUGGCGUCGUGCCGGUCAACGCUGCUGUCGAUUCUCCAGAACGGCAGCAUGGCGGUCAAGUAUUUUGUGGGCAUGAACAUACCGAAAGUCUUUGGCUUGUACGUGUUGAAAGUACACGAUGACCUUUUUGUGGACAUUCUGGAAAUUUUGCCGUCCGAUGCGGGCUGGCCUGAAGGCAUUGCCUUCCGGCUUCUCGCGCUGGCAAAGCUGGCGUGCACGUGGCCAACGCUACUUCGACGGUGCAUCUACCACAUCUUUGAGACACCAGGCCGGCUGAGGCAAUGCGCCAAGUUUGCGAGCCGCUGUUUGGCACAAGUAUCGAAUGCACUGGCACUGGCAUCGUCGAGAGAUCUGUUUCAGCUCUUUGCGCCGCAGCUACUCUACACCUGGCUGGAACACGACCCGAUCGACGAGAUCCCGUACGAGAUAUUCUCAUUCAGCAGUCUUGACGGGCUGAUCGACCAGGCGCAGACGGAGGCAACAGCUCUGAUGUUGAUGCGCGGCCAGGACAUGGCUGCAUCGCAUAUUGCGCAGCGGCUCGGGCUAGAGCUACCGAGUCUAGUGGAACAGAACUUUGCGGAGGUCAUGGCUUACAGCGUUGCCCACGACAUAGCGAUGGCGACAGAUAGGGAGAAAUCGAAGGCUGCAGGCGAGAGUCGGCUGCGCAAACUGCUGGGAAAGGAUCGGUUCCUCGAUGCUGUGUACUACAAUAUGGCAGAUAUUGUUGGGAUCCUGUUCAAUCUCAUUGACCAGGAGGACCCGAUCGAGAAGUAUUUCAGCAAAGACGACUCCCUGCAAUAUGCGGCCGACAUCAUGGCGGAAAUCAAAGGGUUUGGACACUCUCCGGUGGUGCUGCCUCCCAACCAGCAGCCAAUGUUCAGGGGAAAGUUUCUGGCGAGGGAGCUUGCGCACCUGUGCAGCCGGACAGAGUACGACCUCAGCACGCUGUGGACACCUGCCUUGGUGGUCUCUGUGGCGAGACGGCUCAUGAAUACGAUUCGGCCGGCGUUGGGGUCUCUGCACGCGUGUUCUGUGAUCCGAAAGGUGCGGGUGCUGAUAUGUCUGGCUGGGGAACAGGCAACCAGCUCGUACCCGUUGGAGAUGUUGCUGCACGCGAUCCGACCGUAUCUACAGGACGCUGAGUGUGCGGACGAUACGCUCGGGAUGACGCGGUACCUUUUAGUCCGAGGCACAGGACACCUCACGCAAUUUCCGUCUUUUUACGCAGGGUACUCGCUGUCGAUGCUGGCGUCUCUGCGGAUGUUCCUGGAGUCGAGCCAGGCCAGCACGACACAGGAGAAUCAGUUCAAGGCGACGAUGGGCAAGGCACAGCACUUUCACACGUGGUUCACGAAGCAGCUGCUCGAGUACGACUCGCACGCGUUUAAGGACGAUGCACAGCGGACGGCAUUCCGGUCGAUCACACAGUCGGCAACCAAGAUCCGAGCAUCGGGAAACGCGGAGAAGGGGACGCCGGAGAGCACACUUCUACUGGAGAUGCUGAAGGACGGCGCGCGGCAGAACAGGCUACUGAACGAGUCGGCACGGGAUCUGGUGCUGGGAAUGCUCUGUGGUGACUUCCAGGUGCCGCCAUGGGGACGUUCGGACAUCAUAGAGACGGACCAGGACGCGCUGGAGCACGAGGCAGAGGUAUGGAAGAGCUGUGGCGCACAGGCCCUGAGUGAGGGCUACCUGGUAUGGGCUGGACGGGUGGUGGGACGGUCGUUUGCAGCAUCGGGGACGGUGCCGGAAGAGCUGGUGCGGGAGCUGCACAUAUCACAGGACCGGCAAGCGGCAUCGGCAAGCGGCAGCUCGGAGCAGGGUCUACUACAUCUGCUGGAGACGCUGACGGUGAACCGCGAGUCGGUGACGGCAGGACUAGCCGAGUCGGGGCUGCGGACGAUCGUGUCACAGGCGACGAACGAGGGAGACAGCAGUCUACUGCUAGCGUGCCAGGCAAGCUUGCCGGAGCCGCUGUUUGUGUCGUCGGCAUGGGGCCUGUAUCGAACACCGCCGUCGGACUUUGAUCGGGUGGCACAGAAGCGACAGGUGAAGCAGACGAAAGGAGAAAGGUCGACGGGUGCUGGAGUGGACGUGUUCGCGGCCAGCCAGAUUGAGGAGGCAGACUGGACGCAGAAUCUGGCGGUACACCUGACGAACAGCAUCCCAGAAGAUGUGGUGCUAGGGGUGCUAGGGCCGAUUGUCAGGCUAGAGAAGGGGUUCGCAGAGAAAUGCCUGCCGUUCAUCGUGCACCUGGUGCUGCUGUUCCAGGUGGACAAGCAGCAGACAUUGAAGCGACAGCUGUCGGAGGCGGCGACGCAGUGGCUCGGCUGCAGGUCGCGGUCAGGGCGAGAGAACGUGAAGCUGCUGCUCAGCACGAUGGUAUAUCUGCGGACACAGCCGCUGCCAGGCGAGACGUCGAUUGCGGACCGGCAGCAGUGGUUGGCGAUCGACCAGACAGUGGCAGCAGCAGCGGCAUCGCGCUGCGGGAUGUUCAAGAUCGCGCUGCUGUUUGCAGAGAUUGGGCUAUCGGAGACGUCAGAGACGUCACGGACUCGCAGCUCGGGGACGAGCACGAGCAUGACGACGACGGAGCGGCGAGAUCUGCUGCUGGGGAUCUACGAGAACAUCGACGACCCAGACGCAUACUAUGGGGUGCCGCAGAGCCCGAGUCUGGCGAGCGUGCUGGCACGGCUGGAAUAUGAAAAGGACGGAGCGAAAGCACUGGCGUUUCGAGGAGCCCAGUACGACAGCCACCUGCGACGGGGCGACAUGGGGGCGCUGGCAGACAGCCGGGCGCUGGUGCAAGCACUGAGCAACAACGGGCAGUCGGGACUGUCACAAGCACUGCAGCAGGCACAACAGGACGCGGGUGGCGGGACGACACAGACGUCACAAGACAGCACGUUCACGACAGCACGACGGCUGGGGGUGUGGAAUCUGCCGGUGGCGGCAACGAGCAGCAACGGGUCGGUGACGAUGUACCGGGCCUUCCAGCAGCUGCACCAGACGACAUCGGCAGUAACAGCACAGCAGGCAGUUUGGGCGGGCUUGGGCCGGACGAUGCGACAGGUGGUGAGUCGUAGCGCGACGGUGGCGGCCCUACGACGACAGCUGGGGGCACUGGCGGCACUGACAGAGCUGGACGACGUGCUGAGGGUGCGGGGAGCAGACGAGCUGUCGGCAGUACUGGCCAAGUUCGAGGAGCACAGCGGAUGGAUGAAGAGCCGGCAGUACGACGAUGUCAGCCAGCUGCUGUCAUAUCGCGAGACGACGCUGAGCACGAUCGGACAGGCAGACUACCUGCGACGACAGAUGCAAGUGUCGGGGGCAGAAGCGCGUGUGGCCGAGGUCAAGGGUCUGCUGCUGUCGUCGCGAAUGUACCGAUUCCACCACGCGAUGCAGGAGUCGCUCAACGUGACGACAGCGCUGACAGACCUGAUUGAGCCGAGCGCAGCCAUGGGGCUGCAGGUGGAGGCAGCCGUCAAGAUGGAGACGGCCAGCUCGCUGUGGGAGCAGGGCGAGCUGAUGGCGUCGAUCGGAAUCCUGCAGAGCGUGGAGGUGCAGCAGCAGACGGUAGAGGUGAGUCGGGCAGAGCUGCUGUCGCAGAUCGGACAGGCCGUCUCAGCCGCACGACUAGAAGGCGCAGACGCGAUCCAGAAACGGUACCUAGAACCAGCACUGGCCGAGCUGCAGGGCGGACGAACGGGCGCCGAAGCCGGACGGGUGUUUCACCAGUUUGCGACGUUCUGCGACGAGCAGCUGCAGAGCGCAGACGGACGGGAAGAUCUGGCACGGCUGCAAAAGCUGCGACAGGGAAAGCGAAGCGAGGUCGAGCAGCUGGAAGCACUGGUGGCCGGGGCACGGGACACGGCGACGCGCCAACGAUACAACAGCCACCUGGGAAAGGCACGACAGUGGCUGGCGCUAGACGAACAGGAGCUACAGCGAGUGGAACGGACGCGGGAAGAGUUUGUGCGGCUCAGCGUGGAGAACUACCUGCUGGGGCUGCAGGCGUCGGACGAGCAUAACAACGACGCACUGCGCUUCACGGCCCUAUGGCUGGAGCGAGCCGGCGAGACGGGAACGAAUGAGGCGGUGCGCCGACAGCUGGAAGCAGUGCCAUCACGAAAGUUUGCACCCUUGAUGAACCAGCUGACCUCACGGCUGCAAGAAGGAGGGGGAGCCUUCCAGAAGCUGCUGAUCGGACUGGUCUUCCGCAUCUGCAGGGAGCACCCGUACCAUGGCAUGUACCAGAUCUGGUCGGGCGUGCGGACACGGCCAAACGCCAAGGAUGCCGUGGCAGUGCGACGACAGAAAGCGACAGAGCGAGUGGCUCGCGAGCUGGCACAUACAACCGCCGUGGCAGCCAUCUGGCAGGCCAUCGACAAGACGAGCAAGUGCUACCACACGCUGGCGGUCGAGCGUGACGGCCGCUACAAGGCGGGACAGAGGGUGGCACUGCGUGAUUCGGCCGCUGGCAGCGCGCUGCUGCAAAGUCUUGCUCGCUAUGCCAUCCCGCCGCCGACAUUGACGAUUCCGCUGCGGGAAGAUCGGGACUAUGGCCCAGGUCACGUGCCCACGAUUGUGCGACUCGAGCCGACCAUGUCGGUGGCACUAGGCGUGAGCGCGCCCAAGAUCCUGACGGCUGUGGCCACCGACGGCCAGCGGUACCGCCAGCUGGUCAAGGGCGGUAAUGAUGAUUUGCGCCAGGACGCCAUCAUGGAACAGGUCUUUGCGGCCGUGUCGGGGCUGCUGCAACGCCACCGUGCAAGCCGACAGCGGCGGCUGGGCAUCCGCACAUACAAGGUGCUGCCGCUGACAGCGGCCUCAGGCCUGAUCGAGUUUGUGCCACACACUGUGCCGCUGCACGAAUACCUGAUGCCGGCUCACGAGCGUCUGCACCCACGCGACCUGCGGGGGGCCCAGUGCCGCAAGGAGAUCUCGGCCGUGCAGACGCAACCAACAAACGCUCGCGUGGCUGCGUAUCGUCGCGUUGCCAGCCGCUUCCGUCCGGUCAUGCGCUACUUCUUCCUCGAGACCUUUCCCGACCCUGACGACUGGUUUGCGCGCCGGCUGGCCUACACGCGAGCGACAGCAGCUGUGUCCAUGCUUGGUCACGUGCUCGGCCUAGGUGACCGACACGGCCACAACAUCUUGCUAGACGCCCGCACCGGCGAGGUCGUGCACAUUGAUCUGGGCGUUGCCUUUGAGAUGGGCCGCGUGCUACCGGUGCCCGAGCUGGUGCCGUUCCGGCUGACGCGCGACAUCGUCGACGGUAUGGGCAUCAGCGGGCCUGAGGGCGUCUUCCGCCGCUGCUGCGAGUUCACUCUCGACGCCAUGCGCGCCGAGACCUACUCCAUCAUGACGGUGCUGGACGUCCUCCGCUACGACCCGCUGUACUCGUGGUCCAUCUCGCCCGCCGAACGCGCGCUCGAGGUCGUGCGCAAGAAGCUGUCCAAGACGCUCAGCGUGGCCGCCACGGUCAACGAUCUGAUCAACCAGGCAACUGACGAGAGAAACCUGGCGGUGCUCUACUCUGCCUGCAAGGCCGACGCGUUGCCAAGCUUCCCUUCCCACUCCACCAGCCGUUCGUCUGUGCUCUCCGUCCGUCAUCUCGACCUCUCUGGCGACUGCAUUCCGACCGGCAAGAGCGGCAGCCGGCAUACACCUCGACGCACGACGACGCACAGCCACCGCAGGUCGGUCUCUGCUCUCUCCACUAUUCUCUCUUAUCUCGUUUCCGUCAUCCUCAUUCACCUCUUUUCAUCCUUCCCCCCCUCCAUGCAUCCGUCUUCCGGACCCGCAGACGGCCGUCUCCCUGCAUCCUCCAACUCGCUUGCACCGAACAGCAGCAGCAGCAGCAGCAGCUCCAGCGCCCGCCGCCGACAACGGGUCGACUCCAGCUCACAGCCCCAGCCAGCAGCCCUGGCUCCACCCGAGGCCAAACGUCAACGGUCGUCUGGCCGAGACAUCUUUCCGACCAUGAACGCCAAGACGCAAGGCAAGCGGCCCGAUGUGAUCGACCUGACGGAGACGCCGUCGUCACCGGCAUCCGGGCCUCUCGCGGGCUCUUCCACCGCUGCCACAAUGGUCCACACUUCCACCAACACACACGCCAAGAUGAUGCCGCCAACAGCCGUCUCGGGUUUCCAGCCGCACGCGGGCGCCAAGAAGCUCGUGAUCAAGAACCUGCGGGUGGCGUCGACCUCACGGGCCCAGGAGAUGGAGCAGUACUACCAGCGGACGUGGACGGAGAUCGAGGAAGCCGUGAAGGCCAUUUUUGCCGGCCGGCCGCCACGGCAGCCGCUGGAGCGGCUCUACCGCGGCGUCGAGGACCUCUGUCUGCACGACCAGGCACAGCGGCUGUACAUGACGCUCAAGGCACGCUGCGAAGAGCACCUCAGCAAGACAGUGCUGCCGCAGCUGCGGGCCGACACGCGCGGCGCCUCCAACGUGGACGUACUCCGGGCUGUCUACCGGCAGUGGCAGGUGUGGUGCGACAAGUCAACGCUGAUCCGGUCGACGUUCAGCUAUCUGGACCGGGCGUACGUGCUGAACGAGCGGUCGCUGCAGCCGAUCAACGACAUGCUGCUGUACCGAUUCCGCCGCAUGGCCUUUGACGGCAAGGCCACGGAGCCGCAGGUGAUGCCGCCGGGACGACAGGUGCUCGCCGGCAUGUGCGAUCUCGUGACGGAGGACCGUCUGGGCCACGCCCGGUUCGACGGCUCACUGCUGCGCGAGGCUGUCACCAUGAUGCACGUGCUCAACGUGUAUGGACGCUACUUUGAGCCGGCUUUUCUGGGCGCUGCCGAGACGUAUCUGCGCGAGUUUGCCGCCGAGCGUGACACUGCCGCUGCCGGUGACUUGACGCCUUACAUCCUGGCGGUCGAUGCGCUGCUGCGCCGCGAGGACCUGCGCUGCAAUGAAUACAGCUUUGACAGCUCGACCAAGAAGGCACUGCUGGACAUGGCGCAGCGGCUGCUGAUUGUGGAGCGGGUGCCGAUGCUGGUGAACGAGGCCAGCGUGGCGCGGCUGCUGGACGGUGGUGCGGGCGGUGGGACGGGCGACGCGACGAGCGUCAGUUCAGCCAAGGCGCUGUAUGAGCUGCUGCGGCUGCCACGGCUGCAGAAGCAGCUGCGCCGACCAUGGGAGUCGUACAUUGAGGCGGCCGGCACGGCCAUCGUGACAGACACGGCGCGGGGCGACGACAUGGUCGUGCGGCUACUGGAGCUGCGACGCGGACUGGACGUGCUGGUGCGCGAUGCUUUUGGGCGCGACGAGGACAUGGCGCACGGUCUGCGCACAGCCUUUGGUCGCUUUGUUAAUGGCCGGCCGGUGGCAGAUGCCUGGCCGUCGGGUGCGUCCAAGGUCGGCGAGCUCGUGGCCAAGCACGUGGAUUUGCUGUUGCGCGGCGGCCUCAAGGCGCUGCCGCCGGCGUUGCUGUCGACCGGACGCGACCGGGCGGCAGCUGAGCAGCGUGGCCAGUCCAGCACGGGCGAUGAGGACGCCGAGCUGGACCGGCAGCUCGAUCUCGCACUGGAGCUCUUCCGCUUCAUCCAGGGCAAGGACGUGUUCGAGGCGUUCUACAAGAAGGACCUGGCACGGCGGCUGCUGAUGGGCCGCAGCGCCAGCCAGGACGCCGAGCGUAGCAUGCUCGGCAAGCUCAAGACCGAAUGCGGCUCCAGCCUGACACACAAUCUCGAGCAGAUGUUCCGAGAUCAAGAGCUGUCACGUGACGAGAUGGCCGCAUACCAGCAGUGGCUCGACAACCAGCGAAACGACAAGGACAAGCGGCGCGACGACGAGGAUCGCCAGGCCGGUCGGCGUGAGAUCCGGACGAGCGGUGGCGUCGACCUGCACGUCAGCGUGCUCUCGUCGGCUGCGUGGCCGACGUACGGGGCGGUGCCGCUGCGGCUGCCGGCCGACGUGCUCGAGCAGGUCCAGCUCUUCGACGGCUACUACAAGGCCAAGCACACGGGCCGCCAGCUGACCUGGAUGCACGCGCUGGGGCACUGCGUCGUGCGGGCGCGAUUCGACCGCGGGCCCAAGGAGCUGCUGGUGAGCGCCUUCCAGGCCGUUGUGCUGCUGCUGUUCAAUGGAGGGGACGAGGGAGACGAUCCAGACACAACACCUCCCCCCGAAGCCCUCUCGUACGACCAGAUCGCGGCGGGCAGCGGGCUCGAGGGCGGCAACCUGGACCGGACGCUGCAGUCGCUGGCGUGUGGCAAGGUGCGCGUGCUGACAAAGCACCCACGGGGACGCGACGUGCGGCGGACAGACACGUUCUCGGUCAACCGCGGGUUCACCGACGGCAAAUACCGGAUCAAGAUCAACCAGAUCCAGCUGCGGGAGACGCGGGCGGAGAACGCGGCAACGUACGAGCGCGUGUCGGCGGACCGACAAUUUGAGACGCAGGCGGCCAUUGUGCGGAUCAUGAAGAGCCGCAAGAGCCUGCCACACGCACAACUGGUGGCCGAGGUGAUUGGGCAGACGAAGAGUCGCGGGGCGCUAGACCCGGCGGAGAUCAAGCAGAACAUUGAAAAACUCAUCGAAAAAGACUAUCUCGACCGCGAGGGCGGCAACUACGUAUAUCUCGCAUAA